CUCCAGGGGCGGGGUGCAGCGGCCGCACCCACUGAACUCGCCGGUUCCGCUAUGGGUCGCGUCAAGAAGGAGGAGGACCUUGGGCCCGAGGCCGACGAGAACUGGAAGUCCAAGGACCCAAAGGCGCUCGCGCACGAGAUCGCCACCUUUAUGGGCGGAGAGUGGCCCACGAGGCCGGUGCGCAAGGUCCAGCUCGCGGCGGACGGCGUGCCUACGGGCGACGAGGAGCUCUUUGAGAUGACGAUGCUCAACCCGACUCUACUGUCAGAGAUGUCGCUCAAGACGCGCUUCCUGUUCCUGGAGGUGUACCUGGAGGACCUGCAGGACGUGUACUCCGAGGUGAUGGAGACCCUCAAGGGCGACAAGGUGACGUACGACAGCCUGCGCAAGUUCAAGCACCUCGCAAUCUCGCUCGCCUUCAACGCGGUCUCGGACGUCUGCCAGCAAGCCUUUGACAAGACCGACUUUGACCCCUUCCCGGAGGUGGCGCCCGAAGAGCGUCCGGGCUGCGUGUGCCCGCUCGACGUCAAGGCCUUCACGCAGCAGACCGCUGCCGCCGUCGCCCUCGUCAAGAUGAUGGUCGAUGCCGAGGGAGAGCUGCCGCCGGCUGCCGAGCCGCGCAUCGUCCGUGUCGAGAAGAAGUUCUACUACGACGACAUCUGAGUGUGCGUGUGCGUGCUGGCAUGGUGGCAUGCGCCGGGGAGAGGAGGGCGAGGGGAGCAGCGGGCAAGGUGGGAGGUCCCCUUCCCGCGGAUGCGGUCGGGAACGCAAAACCAGCUGGCCGGGUCGGCGGUGGUGGCGGUGGUGUCGCUCGACUCAGCCACCGGACGCGCGCCGAGCCGAGCCUCUUGGGUCGCACUCCGCUCUCGAUGUGUGGACGAUGAUGAUGUCUUGGGCGCUUUGAUUCCCCACCCAUGCUGUGUGUCGCCUCCUCUUGCGAUUGCUCCUUGAGUGUAAUAAGUUUCAUGAAUCCAGCAU